GUGCAAUUUUUUGCGUGAAACAUCGUUACAACGCUUCUUAGGAAAUCGAUUCGAAAAACCUCGAAAGACUGCGUUUCUKGACCACCUCUCCACCCUGGCAGCAAYCCACAAAACGGUUAAACUGUUGAAACUUCGAUAUUUCAGCGUCCGCAGCUUUCCUCUUUUUUCUAAUCCAGAACAAAUUUCAAAAUGCCUCUUUCCCCCGAACGCAAGGCAGAGUACUUCGACACCUUCAAGAACCUCUUGAGUACCUACUCCAAGUGCUUCGUCGUCGAAAUCGACAAUGUUGGUUCCAAGCAGCUCCAGGACACCCGUAAGACCCUCCGUGGAAAAGCUGAGGUCAUGAUGGGAAAGAACACCAUGAUGCGAAAGGUCAUCAAGGAAUACUGUGAAGAAAACCCUGAAUCCGAAGCCAUCAAGCUCGUCGACGAGUGCCGCGGAAACGUUGGAUUCGUUUUCACCAACGGUGACCUCGGUGGUAUCAAGGAGAUCUUGGAGGCCAACACCCGUCCUGCCCCUGCCAAGGUUGGAGCCGUCGCCCCCGUCGAUGUUGUUGUUCCCAAGGGACCUACCGGAUGCGAUCCCGGUCAGACCGCCUUUUUCCAGACCUUGCAGAUUGCCACCAAGAUUACCCGUGGUCAGAUUGAGAUGGUUGCCGAUACCCACUUGAUCCAAGCCGGAGAGAAGGUUACCGCCUCGCAGGCCGCCCUCUUGCAGAAGCUCGACAUCUGCCCCUUUUCGUACGGUAUGUUGUUGAAGUCUGUCUAUGACAACGGUUCCCUCUUCGACGCCAAGGUCUUGGAAAUCACCGACGAUGUCCUCACCGCCCAGUUCUGCGAGGCCCUCGGAAUCCUUGCCUCCAUCUCGUUGGCCGCCGGAUUCCCCACCCAGGCGUCCGUCCCCCACUCCCUCGUCAACGCCUUCAAGAUGGUCUUGUCCGUCACCAUCGAGCUCGAUACCUACAGUUUUGAUGUUGCUGACCAAUACGAGGAAUACCUCAAGGAUCCUUCCAAGUUCGCCGGAUCCGGUGGAGGCGGCGGCGGUGGUGAAGCUGCCGCUGAGGUCGUCGAAGAAGAGGAGGAGGAAGAAGAGGAAGAAGCCCCUCAAGGAGGUGGUCUCUUCGGAGAUGACGAYGGCGAUGGUGACUACUAAGCCUUCGUUUGUAAGUCUCCCUCGAUCCAUUUUGUUCUGGAAACGAUUGUGUGUUAGGUUGAGAAUGCCGCUGAGUUAACACUUUAAAGCACA